AUGAAGGUAAGGACUCGAGACCCUUUCCGUGACAUAGCCGUGGCAACUAUUGUAUUGUCAACAUUUACCAUCUUUACCGCCAUUUUCUGUACACCAAUGUUGUUUGCCAAAUCUGAAAAUGUUAUGAUGGAAAUUGAGGUGACAUCCGAUAUGAUUAAGGCAAAGACUAAUUCGAUUUGGAACGAAUUCAUCCGUUUGACUCAAGUCGAUGUCGCACGAGGAGUUCAAUUCUUUUCACGUAAGCCAAGAAACAGUUGGACCGGUGGCGCAUUCUGCAAAGGAUGUUUCAUGCUUUCCUGUCCGGGUGGACCGCCUGGACCACCAGGACCGCCAGGACCAGAUGGUCAACCUGGAGAUGCUGGACGCCAAGGAAGGUCUGGAGAUGAUGGAUUCGAUAUUCAACCUGAGUCUGAGCCGGAACUUCCAUGUGUCAUUUGCCCUGCUGGACCACCAGGACCACGGGGAGCUCAAGGAGAACGCGGAAUGACAGGCAAUCCAGGAACACCAGGAAUGCAAGGACCGAAUGGAAUGGAAGGCGUUGAUGGGGCUCCAGGUCUUCCUGGACCUCCGGGAGGCAAAGGGGAUAAAGGACCAUUGGGACCACGCGGACCACCAGGAGAUACCGUUAUUGCAGGAGUUGGAAUUAAGGGACCACCAGGACCAGCUGGACCACAAGGCAUGAAAGGACCACCUGGACCAUCUGGUAAAGGGUCUAACAUGCCAGGACAACCUGGAGAGCCCGGUGAAAUUGGAUCCAUUGGAAUAACCGGAAGAAUGGGAGGACCAGGAAUGGAAGGACCAGCAGGACCACCAGGAGACCCAGGAAUGCCAGCUUCUUAUUGCCCGUCUGACUGUGGAGUGCAGCCAAUUCUAACAGAAAUGUUCCCAACCCCAUUUACACCAGUCAGCGGCUACUCUCAAAUGAAUCGACCAGCACCAGCCUCACCGGGUGAUGGAGAUAAAGCUGGCGAAAUCGGCUCAGCACCAGCUCCACGGCCACACCACAGAAAGCAUCAUCGCGAACAUCACGCACCAGCCCCACAAGAAGGACAAUACGGCAACCACGUCUCCCAACAAGCUGCCGAGGAUGCCUAUUCUAACAGAAUGGAAGACUUUCAAGAGUUCGAGAGGAAAUGGCGCAGAAAGCUUCUCCAGAAGAGAAUGAGAAUGAUGCAAAGACAAUAA